AUGCUUGCUUAAGGUUUAAAAAAAUCUCGUCAUUUACAAAAUUUAAUACUUUCCGGUUGUGAUCUUCAUCCUUAUUUAUUUAUGGAAAUUGCCUAUAGUUUGACUAUAAAUAAGAGUAUAAAAUACUUAGAUUUAUCUAGUUGUAAUUUAAAUUCAUUUAUGUUGAGUUAUUUAUUUAAAAGACUCUCUAAUAAUAAAAUAAUAUAAGAACUAAAUUUAUAUAAUAAUUAAAAUUUUACCUUCUAAACUAUUGAAAAUCUUAUUUAAUUUAUCCUUAGAAGCUAAUAGUCUAAAAGUUAAUUAAAAAAAUUAAAUUUAUCACAUUGUAAUAUUGAUAAUUUAUCACUUUCUUUGCUUUGUGCCUCUUUAGCCGAAAAUAGUACUUUAAUUUCUUUGAAUAUUUCACUUAUGGAAUUGAAUCCUUUAACAUUAAUCUGUUUAGCGAAAGGCCUCUCAGAAAAUAAUACAUUAAUCGAUUUAAAUAUUUCAUAUAAUAAAAUUAAAGAAAAUGGUUUGAAAUUUUUUGUAGAGAAUAUUACACCUUGGUCAGUUAGAAAUUUAAAAUAUUUAAAUAUAGAAGGAAAUUAAUUAAAUUCUUCUUAAUUAAUUUAAUAAUUAAUGUCCAAAUUUGAAAAAUCCAAAGUUAUUAACCUAUCUAAAAAUGGAAUAAAGAAAUUAGAUGAAAUAUUUACAGAAAUAAGCACUUAAACAAAUAAAUAAUUACAAUAAUUAAAAUUAUCUGGUAAUUCAUUAAAAGAUUUAACAAAAUUAAAUAUAUUUCAUACUUUAACACAUUUAGAUUUAAGUAAUAAUAAAAUAGGUUUUAAAGGUGCAAAUUAAAUAGCUUAAAUUCUUCGGUAGAAUCCUAAAUGGACACAUUUAUGUUUAGACCGAAACUACAUAAAAUCGGAAGGUUUUAACGUUAUAAUAUACGCCUUAAGGGAUAACUUAAACCUUAAUAGUCUAUCCAUUGCUUAUAAUAACCUAGAUGGCGAAAGUAUAAUAUGUAUAAUAGUAAAUCAUGAUGCUUUAUCAUUAGAACACUUAGAUAUAACUGGUAAUAGAAUCCAUUAUAGCAUAGUAUUUAUUUUUUUAAAAUUAAUGAACAACUGUCGCUUAAAGAGUAUUCGUUUUUGCGAUUUAGACAACGAUACUUUAGGUGAAUAUUCUCACGAAGCUAAAUUUUCUUUAAACUGUGAAUAUUUACAAGAACUUGAUUUUUCAGGAAAUGAGUAUAUUUCUUGUGCUGUAAUAUAUUCUUUAUAAGCUAGAUUUAAUAAACUAGAAAUAUUAAAUUUAAAAGGAUGCUCGCCUUUACAUGAAGAAGAUUUAAUAAAUUUAGGUCAUUUUAUAAAAAGAAAUGAUUAUUUAAGAAAUUUAAACUUGCGAGGUUUAAAAAUAGGAAAACUGAAAUAAAAAGUAAUUAAAAAUUUUGCUGAAAUUAUAAAAUAAAACACAAGUUUAAAAAAUAUUAAUUUAUCCAAAAAUAAACUAGCAUAUAAAGAAGAUAAUCUAUAAGAAAUUUUAACUAAUAUAGGAUAAAGUAGUAACCUAGAAAUUUUAGAUAUUUCUUAAAAUGGAAUUACACAAACUCAUAGACAGAUAGUUUAGAAAAUGCUUGUUGCUUGUAAAAAUUUGAAAUGUUUGAAAAUAGGAAAUAAUUAAAUUUAAUUAGAAAGUUUAAUUUGUUUAGAUUUUGAUGAUUAAUGGGACCUUUUCUUUAAAAACAAAUACUAAUAAUAAUAAUAAUAACAAUAAUAAUAGAAUAUAAACCUUUAAAAUGUAAAACUAAAAGCCGAUGAUUUAAGAGUUCUAGGUCGUUUAUUAUAUGAAGGCGAAGUAAUAUAAGAACUGGAUUUAUCUAAUAAUUUUGAUUUUAACAAUGUAAAUGCAGUUACUUAUAAUAAAUGUAAAUAUGUAAACACAUUAAAUUUAUGUAAAUAAUUUUUUAGAAAUUAAGAUUUUACUUCUUAUAUAUUUUAAAAUGGAUAAUAUUUGUAACAAAUAAUUAUAAAAAACUGUAUAUUUACUUACUAAUCUAUAAAUAAUUUUUAUUGUGCUUUAAAAUAAUUAAUAAAAUUUAAUUCUUUAAGAAUUUUCGAUGCUGAAAAUAUGUUAACAUUAUAAGAAAAUAUUUGUGAAUUAAUACCUAUUUUAGCAAGAUUUUAAAGCAUAGAAAUUCUUAAAUUAAAGCAUAUUCUUUUUAACGAAAAAUUUUGUAUAAACCUGAUGCAUUUACUUUAAAAUACAAAAGCUUUAAAAUUAAUUGACUUAAGUUAUAAUACAUUUUCCUAGAUUGAAUUUGAAUAUAUAUUGAAAGGUUUUUUAUAAAAUAAUAGUAUUCAUAAUUAUAUUUUAUAAUAACUAAAAAUUCCUUAAUAAUCUUUUGAAAAGCUAUUUUAGUGUUUAUAUGAAUAAGAAAAAAAGCAUUUUAAAUUUGCAGAUUUUUCCUCUAAUCUACUUUCAGAACGAGCCUUAAAAAAGCUUGGCGAAAUGAUCAAAAAUUCACAUUCUUUGAAAUUUUUUACUUUUGGUUAAUAACUAGUAAAUAAAAAUUCCAAAAGAAUCAGAAACAAAGAUGCUGAAAACAAAAGCACAAAUUAAAUUUUAGCAGAAUAAAUAUAAAACUCAUUCACUCCAAUCUAAAAUUUCGAAAUAUUUCUUAACUUAGCCUGCACAUCCAGAUCACUCCGUCAUCUCGAUUUAAAUGAUUGUAAUUUAAAAGAAGAUCAUAUUAAAAUUCUCGUCAAAAUAAUGUGUACAGGCGAUUGCUUUAUAAAAUCUUUAAACAUCCCGAACAAUUCUAUAAACGAAGAUGCUUCAAAGCAAAUAAGUUUUUUACUGCAAAACAACAAAUAUAUCUCUGAAUUAAAUAUAAGCAACUGUAAUCUAAGUACCAUAUCAUAUUAAUAUAUAUGCACAGGAAUUGAAUUAAGUCCCAAACUCCGAUGUUUGGAUGUUAGUAAUAAUAAAGAUGGGGAUUAAUUUUGUUAUCAUUUAAGUACUUCCUUUUCUAGAAAAGAUUUGAAAUCUAAUUUGAAAUUUUUAUUCAUUAAUAAUUUAAGUAUAGGCUAUUUGGGAAAUAACUAUUUAAAAUAAGUUUAUAAAUUUCAGACAAAUAUUUUUAUAAUAAAUAAUUGGUAAGGAAUAGAUAAUGAAUUAGCCACUUUUAUAAUUAAUUCUUAUGUCAAAAUAUAUGCUAAAUAUACUUUCAUUCCAGGACUAAUACCAAGCUAUUUAAGAAAAUUAAGUAUUACAGAAUCUUAUAUAGACGACAAUUUUUUGAUUGAUUUUGCAAAACAAUUCCAUUCAUUUAAACUUUUGAAAGAAAUAAAUUUAUCUAAUAACCCUAAAAUAACAUCUAUUGGUAAAAUCCAUCUUUUUAUAAAUUUAUUUGAUAUUCGUUCUGAUAAUUUACAUAUAUCAAAUAUUUAAAUAGACAAUAAGCAAUAAAUUGCUAAUUUACUUGAUUGUGGAAUAUUUUAGUAUUUUUUAUGGCAUUUAAAUAACAAAUACAAAAAUAUAAAAUUCAUCAAAAGUCUUUUUGCGAAAAUCAUAUGUAACGAAUAUUUAAAUAACACUCAAUUUUAAAUGAACUAUGGCUUUAAUAAUAACAUCCAAAAAUAGAAAAUACCUAAAAGUUAUAAUUUUGCUCUUUUUUUACAUCUUAUUUAAUUUAUAUUACCUUAUAUACCUCUUUUUGCCUUUUUUUUUUAAACAGACAUUUUUUCAAUUUAAAUAUAAAAUAUUUUUGCCCUAUCUACUAUUAUAUUUGCUUUUAUUGUAUCAGGUUUGGAAUUAAUUCUUGUAAACCUAGAAAAGAAAAAAACUACUCUUUUAUUUCAAAGUGACGUUUUUUAUUCGAAUAACUGGAAAAGAUAUUAAAAACUAUAAGGAUUAUAUCUCCUAACCUUCAGUUUUAUAGAAAGAUACGAUACGUUUGCUGAUAUACUCCUCACAGUUAAUUUUUUCGAGAAAAAAUUACAAACAUUAUGGGUAGUAUCCAUAAUAGUAGUAAUAUUUAAGUUUUUAUUUAAACUAAUAUUAUUCAUUUACUACAUUCAUAAACAAUACACAGUAUACAAAGGUGAAGAAUUAAGUUCUUGUCUAUAAAACAUAUAUAAAAUUACCGUUUCUUAAGGUUUUUAUUUAGCUGAAAAUUACACGAAUAUAUUUUCUCCUUCAGAUUCAAUAAAAAUAACUUCGAAAAUUUAAAUAAAUUUCAAAAGUUUUAUAUAUUUAAUUAUUUUCUUAUUUUAAACGGUUCCUUUGUUUGCACUAUAUGUAUUUUUUUUAAUUUCUUAUCCUCAACUCAGAAAUGCUUUAUAUGGUGUAACAAAAUCUUUAAUUUAAAUAUUCUUUUAUUUAUUUUCAGCACUUUUUUGUAAACCUUCUUAAAUCUCACAAAGUUAUUUCGACGAAGCUCUUAUUACUUGGUAAUGUAAAAAAACCUUGAUAAAUUUAAUAUAAGUGCUAAAAAAUAAAGCUAUUAAGAGUCACAAAUGUAAAGGAAUAAUUAUUCUAAUUUAAGAUGUUUACUUAAUAAUAAUUUCCUUAAAGACGAUAUUUAAAUUAGACCAACAACUAAGCCUUAUGAAUUAAGUUUUAUAAAUGAUUAAAAAAACUAAUAUGUAUAAAGACAAUAGUAAUUAUCAUUAUUUAUAUAAAUAUUAUUUACCUAUAUAUAUAUAUAAGUAUUAUUUAUAAUAUAUUUCUUUUAUUUGUAAAAUGAAGUGA